AUGGGCAAGAGUCAGAGGAUGAUCUCUCUCAGCCAGUAUCUACCUCAGCUCCAGUUGCCAUCCUUCAGGCUGAAGGUGGAGGAGACCAAGACCAGUGACGUUGUUGGAGUGGAGCUGGAUUCUGACAGAGAGAGAACGGUCCUGUCAAAGGUGCAGGUCAUUCUGGAUAACAAGUCUCAUCAACUUCAUGACGUGAUGGUCGAUUUUGAUAUUCUAUGUCAACAGGAGCUUAAAAAGCAUCUGAAGAUGGAGUUCCAGAGUCUCUGUGAAGGCGUCACUGAACAUGGAAACAAAACCGUUCUGAACCAGAUCUACACAGAGCUCCACAUCACAGAGGGGUUAACUAGAGAGGUCAACCAGGAGCAUGAAGUUAGACGCAUAGAAACAGCAUCCAGGAAACAAGAAACAAUCAGAAGAGAAGACAUCUUUAAAGCCCCACCUGGCAGUGAUCAAUCAAUCAGAACAGUAAUGACCAUGGGAGUGGCUGGCAUUGGGAAAACACUGUUAACACAGAAGUUCACUCUGGACUGGGCUGAAGGCAAAACCAACCAGAACAUCAACUUCAUAUUUCCAUUCACUUUCAGAGAACUGAAUAUGUUGAAAGAAGAAACCAGCUUGGUGAAACUCAUUCAUGACCACUUCACUAAAACCAGAGGAAUCAGCAACUUUGAAGCGUUCGAGGUUCUGUUAAUCUUUGAUGGUCUGGAUGAGAGUCGACUUAGUCUGGACUUCAACAACAAGGAGAUCCUGACUGACAUUAAUAAGUCCACCUCACCAGAUAUUUUGCUGACAAACCUCAUCAGGGGGAAACUGCUUCCCUCUGCUCUCCUCUGGAUAACCACACGACCUGCAGCAGCCAAUCAGAUCCCUGCUGAGUGUGUUGGCAUGGUGACAGAGGUCAGAGGGUUCACUGACCCCCAGAAGGAGGAGUACUUCAGGAAGAGAUUCAGAGAUGAUGAUGACAGGAUCAUCUCCCACAUCAAGAAAUCAAAAAGUCUCCACAUCAUGUGUCACAUCCCAGUUUUCUGCUGGAUCACUGCUGAAGUUCUGGAGGAAAUGAUGAAGACUAGAGAGGAAGGAGAGCUGCCCAAGACCCUGACUGAGAUGUACAUCAAGUUCUUGUUGGUUCAGACCAAAAUUAAAGAGAAAAAGUAUGAUGGAGGAUCAAAGACAAAAUCAAUCUGGAGUCCAGAGAACAGGAAGUUGAUUGAGUCUCUAGGAAAACUGGCUUUUGAUCAGCUGCUGAAGGGAAACCUGAUCUUCUCUGACAAAGACCUCGAACAGUGUGGCAUCGACAUCAAAGAUGCUGCGUUGUUCUCAGGAGUUUUCACUCAGAUGUUUAAAAAGGAGAGUGGGUUGGGCAACAUCUCUGUCUACUCCUUUGUCCAUCUGAGCAUCCAGGAGUUUCUGGCUGCAGUCUACAUGCUCCACUGCUUCACCAGCCGGAAGUCAGAGGUGAUCAAGACGUUCCUGGGAGAACAUGACACCCCUACGUUCACAUGGUUGAAAUGGCCCUGGAGGGAAAAAUACAGAGAAACAUCUCUAGAUGAAUUCAUGAAGAAAGUCAUGGAGAAAUCCCUCAGCAGUAAAAAUGGCCACCUGGACCUGUUUGUCCGCUUCCUUCAUGGUCUCACUGUGGAGUCCAACCAGAGACUCUUAGAAGAUCUGCUGGGUCAGACAGAGAACAGUUCAGAAACCAUCCAGAGAAUCAUCACCAACCUGAAGAAGAUGAACACUGRUAGAAUCUCUCCUGACAGAAGCAUCAACAUUUUCUACUGUCUGGUGGAGAUGAACGACCUCUCAUUUACUAAGGAGAUCCAACGGCUGCUGGAUUCAGGGAAGGAGCUCUCAAUGACUGACUGUUCAGCUCUGGCCUUCAUGCUGCAGAUGUCAGAGGUUCUGGAGAAGUUAGACCUGGAGAAGUACAACACAUCACAAUGGGGACGACAGAGACUGGUUCCAGCUGUGAGGAACUGCAGAAAGGCUCGACUUGGUGGCUGUGAGCUCCUAAAAGCUGAAUGUGAAGUUAUGGCCUCAGCUCUGAAGUCCAACCCAGAUCUGACUGAACUGGAAAUAAGUGAGAUCAACAUACUGAGAGGUGGAGACUCUGAUAUGAAGAAUCUGGUUGAGAUCCUAGAGAGUUCAGUCAGUAAAGUGAAGAAACUGAGGUUUGUUUUCUCUAUUUAUCUAAUAAAAUAA